AUGGCCUUGUCUACAGGGAGUCCAUGGCAGCUCUAUCCAGGAACGUCAUGGCUCCCAGUUACACCAGGAGGCAUAGUUCACAGGCUAGAACCCUGCCACUGCGAGCUAGGGGAAGACUCAUCACCCAAAGGCCUGUCGGAGAGGCCAAGAAUCGGCCUAGAGCUCCAAGACACCAUAGAGAGAGUGUGUGUGUGUGUGCUCCAGGGGAACGUGCGGUUUCUGAAGCUGCUCCUGUCUCGUCGUGCUGAUUGGCUGCAGAAGGAUCUAGAGGAGGUAACACCCCUCCAUCUGGCGACCCGUCACCCCUCCCCCAAACCCCUGGCCUUGCUGCUCAUACACAUAGGACCUGGAGAGGUGGAUACACAGGACAAGAACAAGCAGACUGCGCUCCACUGGUCAGCGUUCUAUAACAGACCAGAGCACGUCAGACUGCUCAUCAAACACGACUCCAACAUUGGCAUCCCAGACAGCGAGGGCAAGAUCCCCCUACACUGGGCUGCACACAGCCAGGAGCACACCGCUAUACACACCGUCCGCUGUAUACUGGAGGCGGCUCCUACCGAGUCUCUGUUGAACUGGCAGGACUAUGAGGGGCGCACGCCUUUGCACUUUGCUGUUGCCGAUGGCAACGAGGCAGUGGUGGAGGUGCUGACAUCGUAUGAAGGCUGCAGCGUCACGGCGUACGACAACCUGUUCAGAACCCCGCUGCACUGGGCUGCACUGCUGGGACAUGCCAAGAUAGUGCACUUGUUGUUGGAGAGGAACACAUCAGGCACCAUCCCCUCAGACAGCCAUGGGGCCACACCUCUACAUUAUGGAGCUCAGAGCAACUACGCUGAGACGGUGGGUGUGUUUCUGUCCCACCCCUCUGUGAAAGACGAGCCAGAUCUGGAGGGCCGCACAGCGUUCAUGUGGGCUGCUGGGAAAGGAAGCGAUGAUGUCAUACGCACCAUGCUGACACUCACGCCUCACAUCGACAUCAACAUGGCCGACAAGUACGGAGGCACUGCGCUGCAUGCGGCCUCUCUGUCAGGUCAUGUGAGUACAGUGAUGUUUCUGUUGGAGAGAGGAGCCAUAGUGGACAGUCUAGACGUGAUGAAACACACGCCUCUGUUCAGAGCCUGUGAGAUGGGACACCGCCACAUCAUCCUCACACUUAUCAAAGGCUCUGCUCGUGUCCACCUGGUGGAUCUAGAUGGACACACUGCUCUGCACUGGGCGGCUCUGGGGGGGAACGCUGAAGUCUGCCAGUUGCUGAUGGAGAAUGGGAUCAGUCCUAACGUCCAGGACCAGGCAGGCAGGACUCCUCUCCAGUGUGCUGCUUAUGGAGGGUACAUCACCUGUAUGGCUGUACUACUCAUGGAGAACAACGCCGACCCUAAUAUACAGGACAAAGAGGGCAGGACAGCUCUCCACUGGUCCUGUAACAAUGGCUAUCUGGAUGCUGUAAAGCUGCUGCUGAACUCUAAUGCCUUCCCCAACCACAUGGAACACAAUGAGGAAAGGUACACUCCCCUGGACUACGCCCUCCUAGGGGAACACAGUGAGGUGACUCAGUACAUGUUGGAGCAUGGAGCUCUGUCUAUAGCGGCCAUCCAGGACAUCGCUGCUGCUUCCAUCCAGGCCCUGUAUAAAGGAUACACCGUCCGCAAGGCCUUCACCGAGAGGAAACAACUACUGAUGAGACACGAACAGCUACGCAAGGACGCAGCCAAGAAACGCGAGGAGGAGCAGCGGAGGCGGGAGGCGGAGCAUCAAAUCUCAUUGGCUAGAACAGAGAAACAGAGGAUGUUAUUGGCCCGCGCUGAGCAGGAGCAUCUGUCAUUGGCUGAGACUAUGAAGGAACUGUCAGUGUAUGAGAGAGAGGCAGGGGGCGGGGCUAAUACAGCCUCCAAAGCAGAACAGACCAAUAGCAAAGAGGAGACACGGAAACAUAGAGCACAUAGAAGCAGACCCUCCAGGAGAGGGAAGGAGGCACAGCCAGCCAAAGGACCUGACCCCGUGGUGACCCCUCACCCCUCAGUGACCUCUGACCCCAUGCCCCCUGCCCAGGGGUCUAGGGUCAGGGAGCGUCUCUCUCCUGCAGGCUGCAGCCGACCCCCCAGCCCAAAACACAGACCCCCCACCACACCCAGGACCAAGAGACUCACCUCUGCAACUUCCAACACACAAACUCCCUCUAACACACAUACUCCUUCCAAAACACACACUACUUCCCACACACACACUCUAUCCAACACAGACACGUCUACUCACCCCACCAUGGAUCAAGAAGCCCCCAGCACCAGGGAACGCACCCCUAGAAGUAAGAGAGACACACACACCAACACACACAACCCCAGACACAGAACACGCCCUGCCACCGACCAUACCACCUCCUCCAGCAAGAACCACACUAAAGCCUCCACACAGUCACGCCGCCCCAGCAGCAAGCCCAGGGAGGGGGACAGAGACCAGGCUGUCUGCACUAUCCAACGAGCCUGGAGGAGGUUCCAUGUGCGAUGCAGAUUGAGGGAGGCUUUUGGUGCUGGGAAAAGAGUGGAGCCACCUGAGGUCGCCGCCCUCCUGAUCCAGCUGCUCUGGGAUAGGCCCGCUUUCCCUGGUCACACCCCUAUUAGGACCAAGCCUGAGGCCAGAGUUCCACCCACCAAGACAGCAGCCAAGAGCUCUGUGCUGCAAAGCAUCUAUGGAGGUUCUGUGGCCCGAAGGGGGCGCUCUCUCAGGGGUUCUCAGUCUCAGAUACUACUGGACCUGUCACUACGCACACACAGCCAAUUGAGCAGUGUGGAGUGUGUGCACCUGUGUGAUGCAGUGGGGCAGGCCAGGCAGUACUCCUACCACCUCAGACCCCACAGCGCUGGACAGGGCCGGGAGAAACACUGACGACUACACACACACCCUGCAUGUGUACUUUGUGGCUCACUUGGUAGAGCAUGGCGCUUCUACUGCUAGAGUACUGGGUUCGAUUCCCAAGACCAGCCAUAUGUAAAAUGUGUGUACGUGUGACUGAGUUGCUUUGUAUAUAAGCAUCUGCUAAAUGGCACACAUAUGUGUGUGUUGUCUUGAAAUGAUUUACCCAACUGCCUUAUCAUGGUGGAGUUAUUGGCCAGAUUGUAAACAGAGCAUCUAUAUACUGACAAGAGGGGGGGCCCCCAAUGGUGUAACUAUAUGAAUAUGUUUCUGCAGAGGUGGGAACUCUUGAGGGCAGGUUUGCAUGUGAACAAUGCUGAUAUAACUGACUUCUCAGAGAUGCCACGUGUGUCCACUUAUCAGUACAGUUGUAAUAACCUAAAUAUUACUAAAUGUAUAUAAUCAAUUUUGAGCGUGAAAUUGAUCACCAUAUAAAAAAUCCCCAAUUGGUCUGUGUCAUGCUGUAUUUUCAGAGUAAUCCCUCUGGCAUAGCCUCUUCCUCUCAGAUUGUACUCUCUGUGCCCAGUAUUAACCAUGGAGGAGUUCUUGGCCUAAUUGUUUAUACUACUGGUCACAGGAAGAGAGGACAAAGUUAUGAGACCUCACAGGGCACAGUUAAGUCAACCGACAUGGUAUGUGUGCAAGAUAAUUUCAACCAUACAGAAAAUGAACACACACACACACAGAGAGAUAACCUUUCCUCCCAUGUGGAGAAUGAGGCAGUCUGUCAACAGCCGGUCAUACAGCCAGCCCACCUGCAGACGCUGACACACACGCCUGCUUGCAGACACACACGCUUCCCGUCAGCCAUAACACUUGUACUAGGUUGUAGUCAACUCUACCUCAGUAUCUAACUGAGCAGGUUCCCACAGGCAUGCGUGCCCCUCCCACUUUCCCCCCUCAGCCAUAAUAGUAGGUACACAGAUGUACACAAGGUCAUUUAGGUCCAGAGGGUACAUGUGUACCUGUGCUUUCUCUGUAGGACUCUGUGGAGGGGGGUAUAUUUAUGCAUUUUAUACACACUCCGUUACUCUUUAAUUCUACAUUAUACAUCACUUCCUGCCUUAAAGAGAUAGUUGACUUAAAGUUAGCCAGAUGUUUGUGGCACCUCAUCAAGGGGAACUGUCACUUAAGAUAGAAACUGCGUUUCAGUGUUGAUGCUGUUCACUCUGAUGCACUACUGUUGAAACACUAUCAGAUGUUAAGGCUUUACAUUUAUGAUUCAAUACCAACCUCAAUGUUAAUGUCCAUGUUGUUUUUCUACUCUUUUAGAAAACUUCUCAAAUAAACACAUUGAGUUUCAGUGA